AGGCUGGCCACAAUGAAAUCUCUCCAUUUGACGGUAUCUCAGGCCUUUGGGAGGAGGAGUCACCCUGUACUAAUUUGUUCUGAGUUUUGGUAAAUUGUGCCGGGAAAGGGAAAAAAGCACGGAGACUUCACCGGCCGCUCGCUUCGGUUUUCUGCCUCUAACCCAGCGAACUGAAGCAGAGACAAGUGAGGAAGAAGAGCCCAGACACUGCCCCGCACCCCCUGACGUGGACCCCAGCAGGAGGGUCACCUGGAGGAUCACCCACCGAGGAGGGCCAAUGGAGGCUGGGUCCCACCAUGGGCCCGGAAGGGGUGGCCCUCAGCCUCUCCUGCUCCUCCUGUCACUGGUGUCGGCUCUGGUGGUGACAGUUCACGGUGACUGUGGUCCCCCUCCCCGGUACCCAUUCGCUAUCCCAGAGGCAACUGUGAAAAAAGAAGUUUACCAAGAAGGAGAAAGAGUGAAAUAUUCCUGCCGAUCUGGGUACACCCGGAAGCGCCUGCCUUUGCACAUUUCCUGUAACAAUGGAAAAUGGUCUCCAGACGGCUUCACCUCUCCAUUCUGUGUCGUGAAAUCAUGUCCUCAUCCGGGAGACCUGAUUAAUGGUCACGUGGAGAUCAAGACAGAUCUCUCUAUUGGGUCCACAAUAGAAUUCAGCUGCAACGAGGGGUACUCGUUAAUUGGGCAUUCAACCAGUACUUGUGAGAUUUCAGACUCCGGAACCUCCUGGAGUAAUGAUCUUCCCAACUGUGAAAUUGUAUCAUGCCCCCGACCCCCGAACAUCCCUAAUGGGAAACACAGUGGCGAAGAGGACGAUUUCUUCACCUAUGGCUCGUCGGUGACCUACAGCUGCAACACGGUCCCAGAGGAAAGUAUCCCCUUCUCGCUCAUCGGGGACGCCUCCAUCUCCUGUGCAGUGGAGAACAAGACCACUGGCGUGUGGAAGCCCCUGCCGCCCAAGUGCCAAGUGAUCACCUGUCCUCAGCCGAAUGUUCCUCAGGGGAAGCUCAUCUCUGGAUUUGGGCGCACCUAUACCUACAGAGACACGGCUAUGUUUGAAUGCAAGAGAGGCUACCUCCUCAAUGGCAGUCACUUAAUUCGCUGUGAGAGUGACAACGAAUGGGUUCCUCCUGUCCCCACCUGCCAGCUCAAUAGCUGCAGUAACCCCCCAGUGAUCCCAUAUGCUGAACGGGACUGGAGUUUGGGCUCGAGGGACUGGAAUGUUGGCUACUCUAAGUACGGCGAGCCGGAGGUGUUCUCGGUCGGAACAGAAGUGAAGUACCUGUGCAAGAAGGGCUUCCGGGCCCAGAAACACAAGCCCAGAUCCGUGACAUGCCAGGCAAACUUCACGUGGUCCACGAACGAUGGAUUUUGUGAAAGAAUCUGCUGUCCAACACCAAAUGUUGACCAUGGAAAAAUCACCAAAAUCACCAGUUCCUCCCAGGGUUGUGAAUAUGGAUUUCCAGAAAAAAUUAAGGUUUCAUGUAAUUCUGGUUAUAUCUUGUCUGGUGUUGCGACAAAUCAAUGCCAGGAGAGUGGCACCUGGGGACCUGCUUUGUCAUCUUGUAUUCCAGACUGUAAUUCUCCCAAGAUUGACCAUGGGCGUGUAGAAGCUGAACACUCUUUUUGGAAUGAUAUGUGGAAAUUCACAUGCAAUGAGGGCUACAUCCUGGUUGGAAAACCUCGCAUCUCAUGUGAAGAGUUAACCUCUUCUGAGCUUCCUCGAUGUGAAGCCCUGUGCCCACAUCCCAAAGUUGGGAAUGGAGUGGUAAUACCGAACCGGACCCAAUACCAGGGUGCAGUCACUAUCUCUGUCAAGUGUAACUCUGGCUACAAGCUCAUCGGAGAUCCCAACCCUUACUGCGCAGAUAAUAGGACUUGGAGUCCGGAGUUGCCCAAGUGCGAAUGGAUAAUCCCCGAGGGCUGUGAGCAGGUGCAGGCGGGCCAAGCUAUCCUGAAGUGCCUGCCAAAUCCAGGGGACGUGAUCCAGGCCCUGGAAGCAUAUAAGCUGUCCUUGGAAAUUGCCAAACUGGAGCUGGAGGUCGACCAUCUGAGGGGAAAAUGCACUCAGCCACUACCUUCCUUAAAAGAGGAACCGGAAGACAGGACCCCACCAGGUGAACAACCAGAUGGGACGGGUCCCUUGGACGUCAUCCCUGCACCUCAGCGGGACACCGGUCCUUACUCUCGCCACCAGCAUCGUGCACCCACAUUUCAAUCCCACCACUAAAAGUCGCUUAGGCUUGAACACAUGACUCCUUUCUGGUAGUGAGUAAAUGUAAAUGAGCACUUAUUGCUUAAAGGGAGUUGCUAAUAGUUAGCCUGACAUAAUGGCUCAGCUUAGACCUGCUUUCCUGGAUUCUGGCAGUCUGGCUGAUGAAAUAAACAUUUUGCUGCGAGA